GGAGCUCGGCCCGGCCGAGCGGCGGCGGCGGCAGCGCGGGGAGGAGCCGCGGGCGGCCGAGUCGGCCCGUCGCCCCGGCGCCGCUGGGAGAGGCCGGCGCGGAGGGGAAGGGGCUGGCUGCGGCGGCCAAUGCGAAACUGGCUGGUGCUGCUGUGCCCCUGUGCGGUCGGGGUCGCGCUGCACCUCUGGCUGCUGCUCGGCGGCCCCGGGAGGCACCCGGCAGGUCCACUGGCCUUCUUUCCUCAGUGGAAGCCAAAACAUUAUGAUGUUAUCGUAGGUGUUUUGUCAGCUCGACACAAUCAUGAACUGCGCAGUGUUAUCAGGAACACUUGGUUCAAGCACCUGAAACAACAUCCUGCACUGAGUCAACGUGUCCUUGUGAAGUUUAUAAUAGGUGCGUAUGGUUGUGCUGUGCCAGUGGAGGACAGAGAAGACCCCUACUCCUGCAAACUUCUGAACAUCAGUAACCCAGUUUUGAAUCAGGAAAUUGAAGCAUUCGGUCUCCCUGAGGAGGUACCUUCUGUGCUAUCUGAAGACAGAAUUGUCAGUGUGAACUUUCGUGUACUUUACCCCAUUGUCAUUACCAGUCUUGGGGUAUUUUAUGAGGCUGAUGGGGUGGGAUUCCAGAGGAACAUCACUGUAAAACUGUACCAGGCAGAACACGAGGAAGCUCUCUUCAGUGCUCGCUUUAGUCCACCAAGCUGUGGAGUGCAAGUGAACAGAUUGUGGUACAAGCCAGUAGAGCAGUUCAUUUUGCCAGAGAGUUUUGAAGGUACCAUUGUGUGGGAAAGCCAGGAUCUUCAGGGUCUUGUUUCAAGAAACCUUGAUAAAGUGAUGGUGAAUGAUGGAGGGGGCGUUUUCAGAGUCAUUACACAGGCAGGGGAAGGGUCACUGCCACAUGAACUCACAGAAGGUGUGGAGGGAAUAGCAGGUGGUUUUAUCUACACUAUUCAAGAAGGUGAUGCUCUUUUAAAAAGCCUCCAUACUCGCCCAGAAAGGUUUACAAGUCACAUAAAAAAUCUUGAAAAAGAAGAUGCUUUGUUGAAGGAAGAAAGCAGUACCUAUGAUGAUAUUGUUUUUGUAGAUGUUAUUGACACUUACAGAAAUGUCCCAGCCAAACUGCUGAACUUCUACCGAUGGACAGUUGAAUCAACAAGUUUUGAUUUGUUGCUGAAGACAGACGAUGACUGUUACAUUGAUUUGGAGGCUGUUUUUAACAGGAUAACGCAGAAAAAAUUGGACAGGCCAAACAUUUGGUGGGGAAAUUUCAGACUAAAUUGGGCAGUUGAUCGAACUGGGAAGUGGCAAGAGCUGGAGUACCCAAGUCCUGCGUAUCCAGCCUUUGCUUGUGGGUCCGGCUAUGUCAUCUCCAAAGACAUUGUUCAGUGGCUGGCAAGCAACUCUGAAAGAUUAAAGACGUACCAGGGUGAAGAUGUGAGUAUGGGCAUCUGGAUGGCAGCUGUAGGACCCAAGCGAUAUCAAGAUAGUCUCUGGUUGUGUGAGAAGACGUGUGAGAGUGGCAUGCUGUCUUCCCCCCAGUAUUCUCCACAGGAACUGAGAGAGCUCUGGAGAUUAAAGGAGCUGUGUGGAGACCCUUGUAGAUGUGAGGAAAGAUGAUGGACUUGCCUUGGAAAACAGGGUAGCAUAUAAUGAUCACAGGAAAGUGUACAGUUGGAUUCAUUCUUGGAACAAUAAGGAAUGUUAAGGUAUCUUUUAAUGUUGGGUUUCAACUAAAGCAUAACAAUAUUUGCACAUCCCUUUUGAUAAUUACAAGUGGACUGAUACUAUUCAUUUUCUAUAGUAUGGAUGUUGAUCUGACAAAAACCAAAAUGUUUAAGAUAAAAAAUUUCCUUUUUAUAUAAAAUCAAAGACCUACUUGUAAUUAAUAAAUGCACAUAAGAAUGCCAACUAGCCUGUCUUUUGUAAAUUAAAGUACUACUGAUUAACUC